AUGGGUUUGAACCCAAAUGCCCCGGUUUGGACGCCGGGGCAAGGCAGCAGUGGAGAGCACGGCGAGGGUGGCGGGAUGAUCCCACACCGUGUGGCACGCACCGCCCGGGAGAGGCGGCAGGGUCGACUUGUUAGGGUAGCAACCUACAAUGUGCGUACACUGGCCGUGAACGGGGCCAACGGCUAUGGGAGAGCCGACAAGGUCCUACACGAGGCAGCGAAACAGGACAUUUCGUUUGUCGGUCUGCAGGAGGUCAGGAGACCAGGGCGAACGGAGUUCACAGCAUCCGGUUUUCGGGUGUUCACCUGUGGCACGGACAAGGGUGGUACGCAUGGCGUCGGAAUCGCUGUGGAGGAGGCGCUGUGCAAGGCCUCCCAGUACACCACGGAGUACGUUGACGAGCGCCUCAUGGCUAUGAGGUUUGAGAUGACGGGCCACCGCGGAGCGGUGAACUUCGUUGCUGCGUAUGCCCCAACAGACGUCGCCACCGCCGACAGUAAACGCAUGUUCUGGGAAAAACUUGACAGUCUCGUGCGGCGUAUCCCCGCUAAGGAGUAUCUUUUCGUGCUCAUGGAUGCCAAUGCCCAGACCGGAGGAGGGAUAGCCGGGGAAAACGAAAGAACCAUGGGCGAGUACGGGCGCAAUGAGCUGAACGACAACGGUCGGCUGCUGCUGACCUUCGCCACAGACAACAGACUAGCGGUCCUCAACACCUUCUUCGACACACGGAGGAGCGGGAUAUGGCAUACGUUCAACGGCCCGUCGGGACGCGAACGUAGGUGCCUCGAUUACAUCCUGACGCGCCAAUCACACCGCGGCCGAGUGUCCAACAUGGAGGUCGUACCUCAGCCAGUGCGCCCAGUCAGAGCGGACUCAGACCACAACAUCGUAGUAGCCACCGUCGACCUCGAUGGCCGGCUGGCCCACAACCGAUCUAUCCGGACAAACCCCAAACGGCGGCAGUUCAACCGACAGGAUCUGCAGGUCGAGGCAGCGCGAUGGGCUGUAUCCCAACGGUUUCUCUGCAACUUGCUCGCGAGGUCGGGCGCGCCGGCGACCACCGCUCAGGAAAUGGCGAAGGAGUUCACGGAGGCCCUGCUUGGCGCGGCGGAGACGGAGCUGUUUGAGGAACCGCGGAGGCGGCGCACCCCGGAAUGCAACAUGACCGCCGCGGCACGGGCAGCCCUGGCGACCGCCCUUGACAAGCGACGGGCGGCGCGGCAUGCCUUCAAGGCCAGACCGAACGCAGCAACGUGGAGGAUCCUCAAAGCAGCGUGCAAGGGGGUGAAGGCAACAAUCGCAACGAGCGUCUACGACCACCUGGAAGGGUACGUGACGGAGCUCGAAGCGAUUUACCAGGACCGCGACAUGCGGGGGCUGUACCAACACCUCAAGCGAUCAACGGGCCUCAGCGGGAGAGAAGCUGGGAGGCAGCAGUUCCUGUCAUACGCCCACGCGCUGAAGAGGGUCGGCUGCCAGAGCGUGGAGGCCACUGUCCGUCAACGGCGCCUGCUCUUUGCGGGGGCCGUGGCAAGACAGCCGGACGGGCGGCUUCCGAAACGGCUGAUGUUCGGCGAGUUGGUGGGAGGGGAGGACCCGGGCCAGGGAAACCCGGAGCAGAACUGGCUGACAUGCCUGAAGGACGACAUGAAGAUGUUCGAAGCCAGGUACGGCUCCACGACCGACAAGCCGAGCGUCUUCGGAGUCCCGAAGUUAGUCUGGAGUGAGGCGGCGAAGGUGGAGGGGGGGGUACCGUGGCACGCGGGGGUGCUACAGGGAGCUGAGAGGUUCAUGGCCUCUUGGCACAAGGGCAAGGAGGAGGCCAGCCGACAACGAGCCAUCAAACGAGGAGACAGCCGGCCCAAAAAUAGUCUAGAUACGGCACCAAUCAACGGGGCGGUAGGGGGGCGGAAGGAAACGGCGCGGCGGGAAGAAAGCAAGCGAGAAGAGACCGACCGCGUGACGUGACAUGUUGCGGUUGAAUUUCAGCGACGAGUUUUUCUGUUGCCCUCUCCCCCGUUUGCUGUCGCGUUCAGACUGUCUCUACGGAUAUCCCUGUCUCUGCGCGAGUUUGUUUAUGUCCUCGUCUGUCGUUGGUUUAUUUCGUUUUAUUUUGUUUUGUUUUUUUACUGGCACGUACUGCUGACCCUUGGGGCCCUUCCGGAAGGCCACCCCCCAGGCUGGUAGUGCGCACGUUCC